AUGGUGCUUGCUUGGCGCCCGGACAAGAAGCCGAACACGGAACUCCUAGCUCUAGGAUAUUGGAUCUUGGCGGAGUGCGAGUCUAACAUUGCUGAACUGGAGAACAUGACCAUGCGACUUGAGGAGGAACAAAAACGAGCCAGCACACUGUCUACGGUGAACGGGAUGCUGCGAGACCAGAUGGAUCAGGCGCAAGUGCAGAAUAAGUUCCUCGCCUCCGAGAAUGCCAAACUGCAUGACGAGCUGUUGGAAAUGCAGCAUUCCUGCGAUCGUCGAGCAGCCCAAUGGCAGGAGGAUGAGGCCUCCAUGAAUGAACUCAUGUCCAAGCAGCAUGAUCGACUCAUCGGCCUGUGGAAGGAGGUCUCCUCUGUGCGGAGGCAGACGGCUGAACUGAAGAUCGGUCUUCAAGAUCAUAUCAAUGAGUCCAAGAGCGAGAUCGGUCAGGCCAUGCGAUCCUGUUCACUAGCCGGUGAAAAGCUCACCAAUCGACUGAAAGGGCAGAUUGAAAACUUGAAAGUAAGCUGGUCGCUUUCGAAAAAAGACUUGGCAUGCUGA